AUGGCAGAAGGAGGUUUGCGGGAUUUCUGUGACGACUUCUAUAGAGCUGCUGCAAAUGGAGAUUUUGAGACAUUACAGACAUGGUUGGAUAAAGGUCAUGAUGUCGACACAGAAUAUGAUGAGGAACGUAUGAAUGCUUUGACGGUAGCUGUACGUAACAAUCAUUUUCCGGCAGUUGAACUGUUGCUGUCACGUGGCGCUAAUGUCAACCAAACAAACGUGAUGACUGCAUUGAUGUAUGCUGCAGAGAAUAACAGUUGUGACGCAAUUACAUUAUUAUUGAAACAUGGUGCCGAUAUACACCAUCAAGACAAGUUUCAGAAUACUGCGUUGAUGUAUGCAGCAAGGAAUAACAGUUGUGACGCAAUUACAUUAUUAUUGAAACAUGAUGCCGAUAUAAACCAUCAAAACAAGAAUCAGAAGACUGCGUUGAUGUAUGCAGCAGGGAAUAACAGCUGUGACGCAAUUACAUUAUUAUUGAAACAUGGUGCCGAUAUACACCAUCAAGACAAGGAUCAGAAGACUGCAUUGAUAUAUGCUGCAGAGAAUAACAGUUGUAACACAAUUACAUUAUUAUUGAAACAUGGUGCCGAUAUAAACCAUCAAGACGAGUAUCAGAAGACUGCGUUGAUGUAUGCUGCAAGUAAAAACAGUUGUGACGCAAUUACAUUAUUAUUGAAACAUGGUGCCGAUAUACACCAUCAAGACAGGGAUCAGAAUACUGCGUUGAUGUAUGCUGCAGAGAAUAACAGUUGUGACGCAAUUACAUUAUUAUUGAAACAUGGUGCCGAUAUACACCAUCAAGACGAGGAUCAGAAGACUGCGUUGAUGUAUGCUGCAGAGAAUAGCAGUUGUGACGCAAUUACAAUAUUAUUGAAACAUGGUGCCGAUAUAAACCAUCAAGACAAGACUGCUGAUACAUCACUGUUAAUAGCUUGUGGAGCGAAUAGUUAUGAUGCAGUUAAAGUACUUCUAUCAAAAUCGGAAAUCAAUCAUCGCGAUAAGUAUCAGAAGACUGCGUUGAUGUAUGCUGCAAGUAAAAACAGUUGUGACGCAAUUACAUUAUUGAAACAUGGUGCCGAUAUACACCAUCAAAACAUGGGUCAGAGGACUGCAUUGAUGUAUGCUGCAGAGAAUAACAGUUGUGACGCAAUUACAUUAUUAUUGAAACAUGGUGCCGAUAUACACCAUCAAGACAAGUAUCAGAUGACUGCAUUGAUGUAUGCUGCAGUGAAUAACAGUUGUGACGCAAUUACAUUAUUAUUGAAACAUGGUGCCGAUAUACACCAUCAAAACAUGGGUCAGAUGACUGCAUUGAUGUAUGCUGCAGUGAAUAACAGUUGUGACGCAAUUACAUUAUUAUUGAAACAUGGUGCCGAUAUACACCAUCAAGACAUGUAUCAGAAGACUGCGUUGAUGUAUGCUGCAAGUAAAAACAGUUGUGACGUAAUUACAUUAUUAUUGAAACAUGGUGCCGAUAUACACCAUCAAGACAUGGGUCAGAUGACUGCAUUGAUGUAUGCUGCAGAGAAUAACAGUUGUGACGUAAUUACAUUAUUAUUGAAACAUGGUGCCGAUAUACACCAUCAAGACAAGAAUGCUGAUACAUCAUUGUUAAUAGCUUGUGAAGCGAAUAGAUAUAAUGCAGUUAAAUUACUUCUAUCAAAAUCGGAAAUCAACCAUCGCAAUAAGCAAGGUGGAAAUGCUCUCAAUAAAGUGUUGCAAAGGCCUUGGUAUACGCUUGACUUUGAUGUCGAUACGAAGACAUCUGCACUGAAUAUUAUGAAAUUACUUCUGGAGACACACAUCGAUAUAAACAAUGUUGAUGAAAGAAUGCAGACACCAUUAGAGUAUAUUGAUUCGAACAUUAGGGAAGCAGGUAUUAAAACAGACUUCUACAAAGAAGCUAAACUAUUACUUUUGAACGCAAUACAGGAACGUGAAAAGAGUGAAUUAAUGAUGCAGGAUGGAGUUAAAAUUGAUGCAGUCAAGUUUUACUUUGCUGGUCACGGUGGGGUUGGCAAAACAACUCUUAAAGAAACUCUGAUGAGGAGAAACUACUCUUGUCCACCUGGCAAAGACGAUUAUGUAAAAACAGCUGGUAUCGAGGUCAUGAACUACGACCUUCCAGGGGUCGGAAGGAGCAGCCUUUGGGAUUUUGCAGGUCAAGCUCAAUUAUUCGUGUCACACACAUUGUUCCUUGAUCCAAGUAAAGCAACAUUCCUACUUGUUUACAAGAUAGUCACUCAUGAUGGAAAAAAGCUGGUAAGGCCAAUGGACUUGAAAGAGACAAAUUUAAAAGAGUUGUUUGUCUGGCUUAAGAUGAUACGCAACUCUUUCAUACAAUCUGAUAUUGACCCAGCUGCUCGACCAGAGAUUAUUCUGGUGGCCAGUAGAGCAGAUUGGGCAAAUGAAUACAAAAAUGAAGCCGCACUUGUCAAGGAAGAAAUUUUGAAGGAAUGUAAAGAAAUGAUAAAAGAUCAGGUUCACAUCUCAGAUGAAACAUUUUUAGUAAAUUGUAAUGAUGGUAACAGUUCUGAAAUGCAAGAGUUGAGGGCGGUACUCCGCAAUAGAAGAGAUGCCAUACUAAAGCUUGAAAACCCAAUGCCAAAGAUAUGCGACAGAAUAUUGAAAUCGAAAAACGAUUGGACUCGUGAUAACAUUGGUUUUCCAGUUAUGAGUUGGUCUAAAUACUUUGAUCUAAUUAAGAACACUGUGGAUUCUAUGGUGAAAGAAGAUUUCCUUCGAACAGCAACCAAAUAUCUACAUUAUGGCGGCCAUCUUAUACAUUUGAAAGGCAUUGUAAAGGAUGGAACCGAUGUUGUAGUCCUAGUACCACAGUGGAUGUGUAGUAGAGUGAUGGGUCCAUUCCUGGCAUCAGAAGAAUUCAUUCAGUUUGCCAAGAAGUUGCCAAAAAGGAUGACACAUGAGAGGCAGGACAUUGAAAGUGUAUUUGAUGAGGCAACUAACAAAGAUUUGGUUGUGGAGUUGUUAGGUGCACUAGAAUUACUGUUUCUUUUCAAGAAGGAUUCUGAAGAUAAUUUUUUAAAAGAUUUGUUCAUUAUUCCUACUCUACUGCCUGAUCGUAUGCCUGAUG